CAAAUAACCAAACCGAAUCUAAAGGUGACCAAAAACUGUUUCGUAACCCUUUUGGUACUAAUGUUGGAGAGUAGUCCCUUGUCAAAGUGGUCCUUGGUCAAAAAAAGGUUGGGAAUCACUGCAGUAGAUAAACCUUAAGAAAGUGUGACUUCCUGAAGGAAUGUAUUAAAAAUAACUCAUUCUAUGCAGUGAAAAAGAGAAAACCCUAGUUUCUUACAUACAACCAAACCACAUUUGCCUGCAGGUGAAUUGUGCAUUCAAAGAGACAAAAAACACACAGAGAGCAACUGUAAUUCAAGAGGAUGAAAGUACCUUUUGUUUCUGUGUUUCUCUAAUCAAAACCAUAGCAAUGGAAGAAUAACUAUAAUGAAACCUCAGGGUCCUAUGUAAAAAACCCUGGCUGUUUUAUUUUGCACUUACAUAACUGGCUACAUUGCUGUCUGCUACUCCCACCCACAUAGAAGUUAGUGGUUGCUUAUGGUUAGUAGUAGUUCUGUGCUAAGCAAGGGCUGGGGAUGUUUGCACAUCGUUUGUAUAUGAGUGUCAGAAAACAAAACAACUGACCACAGAAAAGAAGAUGUGGCUCAGAAAGAUCAAGGUCUAAGCCAAGCAAGCAAGCGAGAGAGUAUGGUGCUGAGAGACAGCAGCAAGAUCUAGAGAACACCAAAUUUAAAAAAUAUAACUAGAAUUAAAACUGGAUGAGGAGGAAGUGCAAUGUGUCUCUGAUAAAUGAAAGAACUGAGUUUUUUUUUCUGACUCCUUUUGUGUGCGCCCUCCAAAUGAUUUCCAAUUUCAGCAAAAACCUGGACCCUUUGCCCCACUUCUGAGACAAUAGGAACUGGGAUCUAUCAGAAAGCCCGCUGAGGAUCAUUUGGACUCAUGGAUAAUAACACCUUGCUAUGCCAACCCGUGCUCUUUAAUACCACCAAGUACUUUAAAAUCCCCUUAUACUCCAUCGUGGUGGCUACUGGUCUGCCUCUGAACUGCUUGGCUCUCUAUGCCUUGAUCCACCAGAUGAAGAAGUCGGUCAUCCUCUCCGUUUACAUCACGAACUUGGUCUUGGCCAAUCUCUUGCAGAUCCUGACCCUCCCAUUCUGGAUCUACCACAGCUACCAAGACCACCAUUGGGGUUUAGGGGAGGAGUUCUGCAUUGUGUCUGCUUUAGCUUUUCGCACCAAUUUCUAUGCCAAAAACUGCUUCUUGUGCCUGAUUGCCAUGGAGCGAUACCUGGGCCUUGUACAUCCACUGAUGUUCCAGAGGCUGCAGACGAUUCGAGGGGCCGUCAAGAUGAGUGUCGCCACUUGGUUUGUGGUGACCGUUUUGUGUGCCACCGGCAUUGCGCUCCAGGUCAAGAAUCCAAACCGAAGUCAGGACAAUUGUCUGGAUGAUUCUGUACUGGACAAAGGCUAUGCCCGGUUUAAGGUGAGCAUCAUUGGCUUCUCCUUCUUCAUCCCUUGCCUUAUGAUGGGCUUCUUCUACUUCAAGGUCCUCCUCGAGCUCCGGAAGGUCGUCUCUUUGGAGAAGAGAGUUAAGAAGCAAAUCUAUGGCUUUGUCUCCCUCAUCAUUGCCACUUUCUUCCUUCUGUUCAUGCCAUACCAGUUGAUUUCGUCUUUCAGGUUCUACAGCGAACUGAUGACCAAAGGUGACAAUGGCCAGCUCUGCGAAUUUGUGAAAGAUCUUUUCAUCUACAUGCAGGUGACCUUGUGCCUAAGUACUUUGGACAACAUCUUGGACCCGCUUCUUUAUAUCCUGCUCCUCAAGGAUAUCCGGGCAGAGCUCAAGGAUACACUCAGUAUCAAGGUUCACAGGACAGGACAUUUGAACAAAUCGGAAGAGCGAGAUAUAUCUCUAUAUUUUACCAGCGAACAGAUGUAAGGUUUAAUAGUUGAUGACAUUCACUAUCUUUCAGAUUAUAUGGGUGAACCUAUCUGUAGAAGAAAUGCAGUUUGGCAUCACUUUAAGAUGUCAUUACUCAAUGUUAUGGAAUCCUGGGAGCUGUAGUUUUACAAGAAUUGUAUUCUUCUCUGACAAAGAGUGCUGUUGGUGCCUCACCAAACUACAAAUCCCAGGAUUCUAGGUUGAUUUUUAACAUCUUGGAAAACUGUCCAAACUUUACAUAUUGAUACUUGGAUUCCAAUAUAAUGAUGGUUCAUAUGUCGCAGUUAUCACAAUUAAAACAAUGUAGGUUGAGUAUUUUUAUCUGAAAUGCUUGGUACCAAAAGUGUUUGGGGUUGCAGAUCCCCCCCCCCCCCCCCCCCGAUUUUGGAAUAUUUGCAAACACAUAAUGAAAGAUAUUGGAGAUGGAACUCAAAUCUAAAUACAAAAUUAAUUUAUGUUUCAUGUACCUCUAAUGGACAUAGCUUCAAGGCAGUUUUACAUACAGUAGACUCUCAGUUAACUGGAAUGCAAGCAACUAGCAACUAGCAACUACGUAGCAAUUGGCAAAAAAAUUGAAGAAAUAUCGUAGAGAUUCACUUAUCCAAGCCUCUGGAUUAUCCAAGCCAUUUUUGUAGUCAAUGUUUUCAAUAUAUCAUGAUAUUUUGGUGCUAAAUUCAUAAAUACAGUAAUUACAACAUAACAUUAAUGCGUAUUGAACUACUUUUUCUGUCAAAUUUGUUGUAUAACAUGAUGUUUUGGCGCUUAAUUUGUAAAAUCAUAACCUAAUUUGAUGUUUAAUAGACUUUUCCUUAAUCCCUCCUCAUUAUCCAAGAUAUUCGCUUAUCCAAGCUUCUGCCGGCCUGUUUAGCUUGGAUAAGUGAGACUCUACUGUAAUACUUUACAUAAAAAUUAAAAUCAGUUAUAAUAAAACUGUGUUACAUUAGGUUUAGUUUGCUGUUAUUGUUCUAAUUUGCUUCAAAUACUGUAUUUCAAUAUUCAUACUAAGUCAAAAUGGAAUUUAUGGUAUGGUAUAGUAUGGGGUAUAGUAUCAGUUAGGCCUAUUUUAAUAGUAACCCUCAACCAACCAGAAACUCCAUUUAUCUGGCAUCUACCAAACUGAAUGGCUGCCAGUCAACUGAGAGUCUACACUACUGUAUUUUUAAUAAUUAGAUGGUUGGUGUCCAUUGAACCAUCAGAAAGUUGAAGUCUCAGCCAUCCAUGUGGGAUGAUUUUUGAACUGUCAAGUGAUUCCAGCUCCCAAAGGACCAAAUAAGACAUGGAGGGAUUGAAGGCAAAGGACAGAGGUGUUUAUUCAGUUUGGCCAAAGUGGAUGUCUGUGCUCCAAAAAAAAUCACAUAAGUGCAAUUGCAAACAUAAAGAUUUAUUUCUAGCACUGUUACAGCUCUUUGAAACAAAGGACUUUGCCACUCUGGUUGCUGAUUGAUCCAGAUCGGAGCCAGCUAGGAUAAGCUUGUUGGUUCAUGGAGACUCACAGCCUGCUGUUGAUUGUCAUGAAAUUUAAUAAACUGUCACUGUUUGAUUUGAAAUCUGCUGGCUGUUUCUUGGUCCACCAAGAAAAGGGAUGUGGGAGAAAAGGAAUGGGGGCUGGUUGGUGUUAAUGGAGCUGAUAGCUCUGCUCCUGUUCAUCCAGAACAGGACAAUGGGUUUUGGUUGACCACACAAUGGGUGCCAGAGGUGUUGGCACAGCCUAAAUGGGGUCCUCAGGGAGGGGGUAUGAUCUGGCAAUUGGGACUGGAAAGAGUUUUCAGGGAUAGGGUUCAUAACAUUGAUGAUUUAAAAGGUGCUUUUAGGAUGUUUUGAAGAUGUUUUGUUAAAGAUGUUUUAAAGAUGUUUUUAAGAUGUUUUUAAAUUGUUAUUUUAGCCGGUUCUUGUGAGCCGCCCCGAGCCCUAGGGGAGUGGCGGCAUAUACGUUUGUAAAAUAAAUAAAUAAAUA